AGUCACAAUUCCCUUUAAUUGACUUAAGAGCCUCUUUGAAGUUAAAAAAUAGUUCUUUGGUUGCCUGCACAUGAUUGAAGAUCUUGGGAAGAAGAUUUAGGUAUUAGUACCUACAGGUUUAGUUCACACCUGCAUAAGGUUAGUGUCUCUCGAGAAACACUGGCCGCCGCAGUAAUGUCCUUGUGGAUUAUUUAGGAUCUGUGGAUUCACAUGCAAUUUGUAAGUUUGAAGCAUCAGAUUUACUGGAAUAUGCAGUUAAUUUAACCAGCUGGAUGAAUUAAUUGCGGUGCUGACCUAUUAAAAGGACCUACAAGGCUCUAAAACAGCUGGAGAAAAGUGCCUCAUGUACAACCCAGGUCAGCUGAUGUCAUCCUUACCAAUGGGAUCUCAUAUCUACAGCCCCAUCUUCUCCAGUCGAUUUCCCAACUUUUUGUUGUCAUCUCACAUCUUUGGGCUUCCGAUAUUUCAGUCUCAUAACCUACCAGACGCUCAGAAAUCUGCUUUGCUCAUAUCUGCCCAGAGGACACUCCCAGCAUUCUGUGAAAUUUCAGAUGAGGGUCGCCCUUUGAAGCAACGCAGAGCCCGAGCCAAUUACAGCAGCUGGCAGCUCCAAGAACUUGAAAAGGCUUUUCAGGCAACUCACUAUCCUGAUGUCUUUACACGAGAGGCCUUGGCACUUAGGCUGGACUUAAUUGAGGCAAGAGUUCAGGUUUGGUUCCAAAAUCGCAGAGCAAAGAUGAGGAGGCAGAUGAAAAUAGACAGUCAUCUGCACAGAGAGCCUGAAGGCAAGCCGAGUGUAGACAUCCAGGGAAGCGACGGGAGGGAUCCUAAGGCCCCAAACACUUUGAAAGACAAGAAACAGGAACGUCCAGUGGAUGAGAAGCAAGAGGAGAAAGAGUCACGUCGGUCGUGCAGUAUCGCCUUGUUACGGGCAAAGGCACUUGUGCACCAAGAAGAAAUACAAAGCUCAAGACUUAAAAUGCAAAAGAAGCGUGAAGAGAACACGGAGGGGAUGUCAGCGACAAAAUUACCUGCAAAAAUGAAGCAUGUUGAACUAUCAUAACAAAUGAUCUGUGUAGAAUUCCUAAGCCUCCACACUAAAGGUAGCCACUUGUUUGGUGGUUCUUAUAGUGUAUGGCCAAUUCUAGGCCAGACAUAGGUUGGGUAGGCUUGUCGGGUAUAUCUGCCCCAUACAUUGGCAGAUAAAUUGCUCAAUCAGUGUAUGCCCAUGUAUGGCCAACUUUACUCUAUCAUACAAUAUGGGCUUCUAGCCCUACCUGUCCGUGACAUUUCUUAUGUUUUGAGCACACUUUAGGGAAUAUUUAUUAUAGUAUGUAAGUCAAUAUGACCAGUGAUGUUGCCCAUAGCAACCAAUCAGAU